AUGGUGAUCUUAACCCUUAAACUUCAUUUAACCUGCUCCACCACAACCCCGCCCACUCUCACCUGCUCCAUCACCCACCUGCUCCACCACAACCCCGCCCACUCUCACCUGCUCCAUCACCCACCUGCUCCACCACAACCCCGCCCACUCUCACCUGCUCCAUUACCCACCUGCUCCACCACAACCCCGCCCACUCUCACCUGCUCCACCACAAACCCACCCACUCUCACCUGCUCCAUCACCCACCUGCUGCACCACAACCCCGCCCACUCUCACCUGCUCCAUCACCCACCUGCUCCACCACAACCCCGCCCACUCUCACCUGCUCCAUCACCCACCUGCUCCACCACAACCACGCCCACUCUCACCUGCUCCAUCACCCACCUGCUCCACCACAAACCCACCCACUCUCACCUGCUCCAUCACCCACUUGCUCCACCACAACCCCGCCCACUCUCACCUGCUCCAUCACCCACCUGCUCCACCACAACCACGCCCACUCUCACCUGCUCCAUCACCCACCUGCUCCACCACAACCCCGCCCACUCUCACCUGCACCUUUCACCCACCUGCUCCACCACAACCCCGCCCAUCUGCUCCAUCACCCACCUGCUCCACCACAACCCCGCCCACUCUCACCUGCUCCACCACAACCCCGCCCAUCUGCUCCAUCACCCACCUGCUCCACCUCAACCCUGCUCAUUCUCACCUGCUCCACUACAACGUCGCCCACUCUCACCUGCUCCAUCACCCAGCUGCUCCACCACAAACCCACCCACUCUCACCUGCUCCAUCACCCACCUGCUCCACCACAACCCCGCCCACUCUCACCUGCUCCAUCACCCACCUGCUCCACCACAAACCCACCCACUCUCACCUGCUCCAUCACCCACCUGCUCCACCACAACCCCGCCCACUCUCACCUGCUCCAUCACCCACCUGCUCCACCACAACCCCGCCCACUCUCACCUACUCCAUCACCCACCUGCUGCACCACAACCCCGUCCACUCUCACCUACUCCAUCACCCACCUGCUGCACCACAACCCCGCCCACUCUCACCUACUCCAUCACCCACCUGCUGCACCACAACCCCGCCCACUCUCACCUACUCCAUCACCCACCUGCUCCACCACAACCCCGCCCACUCUCACCUGCUCCACCACAGCCCCGCCCACUCUCACCUGCUCCAUCACCCACCUGCUCCACCACAACCACGCCCACUCUCACCUGCUCCAUCACCCACCUGCUCCACCACAACCCCGCCCACUCUCACCUGCACCUUUCACCCACCUGCUCCACCACAACUCCACCCACUCUCACCUGCUCCAUCACCUACCUGCUCCACCACAACCCCGCCCAUCUGCUCCAUCACCCACCUGCUCCACCACAACCCCGCCCACUCUCACCUGCUCCACCACAACCCCGCCCAUCUGCUCCAUCACCCACCUGCUCCACCUCAACCCUGCUCAUUCUCACCUGCUCCACUACAACGUCGCCCACUUUCACCUGCUCCAUCACCUACCUGCUCCACCACAACCCCGCCCACUCUCACCUGCACCUUUCACCCACCUGCUCCACCACAACCCCGCCCACUCUCACCUGCUCCAUCACCUACCUGCUCCACCACAACCCCGCCCAUCUGCUCCAUCACCCACCUGCUCCACCUCAACCCUGCUCAUUCUCACCUGCUCCACUACGUCGCCCACUCUCACCUGCUCCAUCACCUACCUGCUCCACCUCAACCCUGCUCAUUCUCACCUGCUCCACUACAACGUCGCCCACUCUCACCUGCUCCAUCACCUACCUGCUCCACCACAACCCCGCCCAUCUGCUCCAUCACCCACCUGCUCCACCACAACCCCGCCCACUCUCACCUGCUCCAUCACCCACCUGCUCCACCUCAACCCUGCUCAUUCUCACCUGCUCCAUCACCCACCUGCUCCACCACAACCCCGCCCACUCUCACCUGCUCCACCUCAACCCUGCUCAUUCUCACCUGCUCCACUACAACCCAACCCCCACUCUCACCUGCUCUACCACACCCUGUUCACUCUCUUUUGUUCUACCACCACCCUGCCCUCUCUUUUCUGUUCUACCACCACCCAGCCCACUUUCACCAACACCAACUUCAACUCCAACUGCCAUAGGCUCAGCUACCUGA